AUGGGAGACCUAGAAUUUGCCAAGUUUCACAACUUAGCCAUUUUCCUUGAAGGUCCUCCCGUAGCUCACAAUGAUUUAAAGUUCAUUGUUAAUGGUUUGAAGAAGUGUUGUCUGGUCCAUGCAUUAACAACAUGUCCUGCAAUUUACCAAAGCCUGAUCAAAGACUUCUGGAGAAGCGCAGAUGUGAAGAAGGACAAAAAGGAUGGAAAAUUCAUUGAAGUUACAAUUGAAGGAAAGAAAGAUAUUUUAGACCAUAUGGGGUAUGUGGGAAGUUUUCCCCCUACCAUCAAGAAAUUGCUUCCUCCUUGUUGGAAGUAUCUAGCUCAUGUGCUUGUGAGCUGUAUUUCUGGUAGGAGAUCCGGUGCAAAUGAAAUCUCCUCAGCUAACACUAGAGCAAUCACAACCUUGGCUGCAGGAAUUGAGUUCAACUUCUCGAUGUUUAUAAUGAAUGAGUUGGUUCUAAAUCUUGAGGAGAAUAAGAGAGAUAAAAUUUUGAUGUACCCAAGAUUUCUGCAAAUCAUCUUCAAUGUUAUGCAUCCCGAGCUGCGAAGAGGAAACGAAACUUUGGAUCUUAAAUCCAUUGAAAAUGAUCGGUUGGAAUCAGAAGAUCAAUCCAUCCCUACGGAGUCUGAAGACAUUGUGCAUUCAACCUCUGAACUAGAGUUUGAGGAAAUUCAUGAUUCUCCUACAGCCAUAAUGGUGGAGGAGCAUGAUUAUCAUAUGGAGGAUGAAACUAAAUCUGCUCAUGAGGAUGAUGAUGACAAUCUCUAUGGUGAUGUAGAAUUUUUGAAGGAAAUUGACUUCACACGGUUCUGUGAUGAUAUCCCGAAAAACAUUGAGCUUCAUCUUAAUGAUGAAGAAUUUGGUCCUUUUCCUGGAUUCCUCAACAACUGCCUUAAUAAAAUCAAUGAAGUUGCCUCUUCAGCAACCAAACCUAGGGAAGAAGGAAAUGCUCUCAAAAUUCUACUCUCCACGUCUAAGCCCAUGGAGGAUGCGUCAAGUCAAGGAGAUGUGAUGUCAGAGAUUCCUCCCUCUGUGUCAACUAUCUGCUCCAAUUGUUCCUGA